UUUUUUAUAAUUUCAGGUUAAAUCAUGGAAGAACUCGGUGAUCAUCAGCUGAGGAUAACUAAAAACUGCAAUAUUUCCACUGGAGUAGUGGACUUGUUGUCAGCCCAAGAUGAAAAUUACAUUAAAGGCGGCAUUUUAUCAAAUCCGAAACUGUCAUGGGUUUCGUGUGGGUCUCGGAUCACUACCAUCAACAAUGAUGAUGGUUCUAAGAGGACAGGCUGGACAUUUGGCUGGGGACUCUCUGAUCCUUCGUACAAGAUCGUAUGUGUGGAGGAACUGCCAAUGGGAUCUUUUGCAAGUCCAAUCCUUGUGGUAGGCUGUGAAAGUGAACUAAAUGGCAGCUGUCUGUGCUUCUACCACUCAGGUUCCUCCAGGGUACUGAAAGCUAUUCACUUCAAUGAUAAGAUAGCAGCACUGGGUAUGGUGUCUAAGACUGACGCUCGAGAGGAGAGACUGUCGGGGCUACUCAAGUUCUGGAAUGGGAUCAUUGCUGUUGGAACCAAUUCUGGCAAAGUGUAUCUGCUCGAUGUCUGGUGGAAGAGUUUUCAGAAAUAUCUGAUAUAUUUCCAGAUAGCAGCACUGGGUAUGGUGUCUAAGACUGACGCUCGAGAGGAGAGACUGUCAGGGCUACUCAAGUUCUGGAAUGGGAUCAUUGCUGUUGGAACCAAUUCUGGCAAAGUGUAUCUGCUCGAUGUCUGGUGGAAAAGUUUUCAGAAAUAUCUGAUAUAUUUCCAGAUAGCAGCACUGGGUAUGGUGUCUAAGACUGACGCUCGAGAGGAGAGACUGUCAGGGCUACUCAAGUUCUGGAAUGGGAUCAUUGCUGUUGGAACCAAUUCUGGCAAAGUGUAUCUGCUCGAUGUAUGGUGGAAGAGUUUUCAGAAAUAUCUGAUAUAUUUCCAGAUAGCAGCACUGGGUAUGGUGUCUAAGACUGACGCUCGAGAGGAGAGACUGUCAGGGCUACUCAAGUUCUGGAAUGGGAUCAUUGCUGAUGGAACCAAUUCUGGCAAAGUAUAG